CUACACUUAUUCAGGAUUCCAUAGUGCGAGGAGGCCGAAGAUUCCCCUUGUACAGUCGAGUUGUAGAAGCUGCUCCACUUAAAGCUAUUGUAGUUCCUGCGAUUGGGGAGGAUGUACAAGUUCAAUUAAGGAACCAAGAUCGAUCAUGGAAUGAUUUUCUUGCCAGUGUCAGUCACCUUCCCAGGCCAAAUUCUUAUUUUCCAGUUCAUCAAUCGAUAGACUCUGUUACCAACAUACUAUUCUCAUCAGGAACCACAGGAGAUCCAAAAGCAAUACCUUGGACUCACCUGUCUCCCAUUCGAUGUGCUGCUGAGUCAUGGGCUAAUCUUGAUGUUCGAGCUGGAGAUGUUAGCUGCUGGCCCACAAACUUGGGAUGGGUGAUGGGACCAAUUCUAAUCUACAGUUGCUUUCUAACUGGUGCAACUCUAGCUCUCUAUCAUGGAUCCCCUCUAGACCAUGGUUUUGGGAAAUUUGUGCAGGAUGCUGGAGUUACUAUCCUGGGGACUGUUCCAAGCUUAGUGAAGACUUGGAAAAGUACUGGGUGUAUUAAAGGCCUAGAUUGGACAAGGAUACGGAUGUUUGCUAGUACUGGAGAAGCCUCUAAUGUCGAUGAUGAUCUUUGGCUUUCUUCAAGGGUGGACUAUAAACCUGUUAUUGAAUGCUGCGGAGGCACAGAGCUAUCGUCAUCUUACAUUAUGGGAAAUCUUCUUCAACCACAAGCUUUUGGAGCAUUUAGCUCUGCAUCAAUGUCCACCGGUUUUGUCAUCUUAGACGAAGAUGGGCGCCCUUAUCCAGAUGAUCAAGCUUGUGUUGGUGAAGUAGGCUUGUUUCCAACCUAUAUGGGAGCAACUGAUAGAUUGCUGAAUGCUGAUCAUGAGAAAGUGUAUUUCGAGGGAAUGCCGAUGUACAAAGAUAUGGUAUGCAUCAUAUGUCGUAGAAAAGCAUUGUUCUCUGUUGGCUUUUCCCUACAACACGUAGCAUUGUCCUAUUGAACUAUGUGAAACCGA